AUGAAGGUGAUGUUGGAAGCCUGGGGCUCGCAUGACCUCCCAUCGGAGACCUGGCUGGAGAUCGUCGAGCAGGGCUCACGCGUUGGUGUGGAGGCGUGGACCUGGCUCCAAAAAGCCACUUGCGAGCGCCUCCGGGGCAAUGCGGAGCUCUUUGUCGAGGGCAAGGAGGCGAUUGAGAUCGGGUCGUGGGAAAGCCUGCGGCAGUCGCUUGGAGACAUGUAUGCUGGGCGUGAGGUGCAGAAGGCCUACAAGCUGUCUUGGGCGGCCAUUGCGCCGCAUGUGCCCUCCCAUUCGACCGUGGAUAGCUCGACUGCUAACUUUCCUGUUUGGUUCUUGCGCUGCUGUGAUUGGGGGUGCUCAUAUUGGCAGUCUGAUAUUGCAUGA